UUUUUCUUGAUUAUUUCAUCAUGUCCUUACAAGAUCAAGAAAAAAUUGCCUGCAUUCAUUCUCAAUACAAAGAUAAUGCUGAACUUAUCCAAAGACUACAUGAAAAGCUUUUCAAAGAUAUUUUGCUGCUCCAUCUUUCUCAAAAAGAUAUGUCACACACACAAAGUUAUCUCGAAGACAGAGUCAAUUUAUUUCGAUUCCUUAAAACAUCGAAUUUUGAUCUAGAUAAGGCAGCUUCAAGACUGCUGGAGACAGUUCAAUGGCGGAUUGAAUUAGGUAUCGAUGAUCUGUGUUAUCAAGAUUGUAUGGACUUUUAUCAGACAGAAGGAUUUGCUUUCUUUCAUGGCACAGAUAUGCUGGGAAGACCUUUGAUCUUUGUGAGAGCAAGAUACUUUCCUAAAAAGUUUGUAGAUCAUGCGAAAUCCAUUACCGAGAAUAUAAGGCCUUAUGCUUGUUUGAUGAUGGAAAUUGCUCGUAAAUUGACUUGGGAUUUGACACGUGACCGAGAAAUAAUAAAAGAACCCAUCGUCACUCAAAUGACAGUGAUUGCGGAUAUCACUAAAGCACCCUUUAUACCUGUCGAUGUUGAGUUGAUACGUACCAUGUCGCUUAUUUUAGAAGAACGCUUUCCUGACUUUGUUAGUUCGAUUAAUGUACUGAAUUUCAGUUGGGUAUAUCAAGGCAUGUGGUCUGUGAUGAAGUAUCUCUUAGACGAAGAAGCCAAGCAGUCUAUUCGAUUUACCAACAUCAAAGAACUCAUGCCAAUGGUACCACCCGAUCGCAUUUUGGAAGAAAUGGGUGGUACUGAUAAUUAUCAUUGGACAUUAGAAACAGAUGAAAUGCUACAUAAAUAUGGUUCUGGUCAACAGAAAUCACCAAGGACACCCUCUUUAUCAGAUCAAAGUAGAGCAAGUAGCACAAGUGAUUCUAUUAGUGUUUUCAGUAACCGUGACCAUAAUGAUCAAGACGAUACUGAAAGUGAACUGUUUUUCGAUGCAACAGAUAAUUUAUCCUUUGUACAAACGCCUUCAUCAGAAAAAAGCCUAAUUAUACCACCAACACUCUCUAUUCAACAAGACCAUUUUACUAAACCUCAACAGCAUCAAACAUUAUCUUGGGCUGGAUUACGCACAGGUGUUCAGUUCCUAACUUCAUUUAUGGAUUCAAAACCGCCACAUGAGAUGCUACCUAGUAUUCCAAAAGAGAAACUGUCUUCUCCUCCACGUCGUUCUUCUUCAGUCAUUAUAGUUAAUCCAGAUAUAGCCCCAGCUCCCACUGUACAUCAACAGCAUAUACUGGAGUCUUCUAUGAUCGAAACACACUUUCAAAGAAUAACCGCAUUCAUGAAUCAGUUGACACAUCAAUUCAUUCAAUUAUCACUUGGACCAAGAAGCGGUAUGUUCUAUUGGAUCUUGGUCUAUGUGUUCUCAAGAGGACCUGUAGAGAAUAUGGUACGACGAGUAUUAGAACACUCUUCUUGGAUAACAGAACCUCAAAAGAUAUCAAGAGCCACGAUUGGUGUCACAGCUGCUGUGGCUGCCUUAGUGAGUAAUUCAUUGUCAAGCACUCUAGAACGCAUUCGAAAUUUAGAAUAAUAAACAU